GAAUUCCUUCAGGGCAAAGGGAGAUAGGAGAGUGGCAGCUUGAUAGUGUGCAAUGUGCAACCAAGACUUCAGGCUGCAUGGCAUAAUUAAGAAGUUUUGCUUAAAAAAAAAAAAAUCCCCUCCGCAGCGAGCCACCUAGGUGUUCCUUUCAUGCCAGAGUCCCCUGUGAAGGUGGCGGAGUCUGACAAUUAAUCUCGGAUACACACACAGCCGCUACAAGAGGUUUAAGAAGACGGAGAGGAGGGGCGGGGGAAGUGCGUCACCAGCGGACAGAGAAGAUCUCUGGGCGGCAGCAGCGUUGUGAGCACUUGGCUGGGACACGGAAUCGUAUCCUCCUGUGUUUUUUCAGACUCUUUGGAAAUUAAGGAAUGCAAUUCUGCCACCAUGAUGGAAGGAUUGAAAAAACGUACAAGGAAGGCCUUUGGAAUACGGAAGAAAGAAAAGGACACUGAUUCUACAGGUUCACCCGAUAGAGAUGGAAUUCAGCCCAGCCCACAUGAACCACCCUACAAUAACAAAGCAGAGUGCGCGCGUGAAGGAGGAAAAAAAGUUUCGAAGAAAAGCAAUGGGGCACCAAAUGGAUUUUAUGCGGAAAUUGAUUGGGAAAGAUAUAACUCACCUGAGCUGGAUGAAGAAGGCUACAGCAUCAGACCUGAGGAACCCGGCUCUACCAAAGGAAAGCACUUUUAUUCCUCAAGCGAGUCGGAAGAGGAAGAGGAAUCGCAUAAGAAGUUUAAUAUCAAGAUUAAGCCAUUGCAAUCUAAAGACAUUCUUAAGAACGCUGCAACUGUAGAUGAACUGAAGGCCUCAAUAGGCAACAUUGCACUUUCUCCAUCACCGGUGGGUGCAAUUAAAAGGAACUUAUCCAGUGAAGAAGUGGCGAGACCUAGGCGUUCCACUCCAACUCCAGAACUCAUAAGCAAGAAACCUCCAGAUGACACGAUGGCGCUCGCUCCCCUCUUUGGCCCACCGUUAGAAUCAGCUUUUGAUGAACAGAAGACAGAAGUUCUUUUAGAUCAGCCUGAGAUAUGGGGUCCAGGCCAACCAAUUAAUCCCAGCACGGAGUCGCCAAAGUUAACAAGGCCCUUUCCCACUGGAACACCUCCACCACUGCCUCCAAAAAACGUACCAGCCACCCCACCCCGAACAGGCUCCCCUUUAACCACUGGACCAGGAAAUGACCAGUCAGCCACAGAGGUCAAAAUUGAAAAACUACCAUCAAUCAAUGACUUGGACAGCAUUUUUGGCCCAGUGUUGUCCCCCAAGUCUGUUGCUGUUAACGCUGAAGAUAAGUGGGUCCAAUUUUCUGAUACAUCCCCGGAACGUGUUACUCCAGAGUUGACUCCAAGGGAAAAGGUGGCGUCCCCACCAGCUGCAUCAGACAACCCAGCCGACUCCCCAGCUCCCGGCCCCCCGGCCCCCCCCGGCCCGCCAGGCCCCCCAGGACCUCAGGGUCCGCCUCGCAAUGUACCAUCGCCGCUCAAUUUAGAAGAGGUCCAGAAGAAAGUGGCCGAGCAGACCUUCAUUAAAGAUGAUUACUUAGAAACAAUCUCCUCUCCGAAAGAUUUUGGGUUGGGACAGAGAGCAACGCCGCCUCCCCCACCCCCACCCACCUACAGGACUGUGGUUUCGUCGCCCGGACCCGGCUCGGGCAGUGGUACGGGGACCACCAGUGGUGCAUCAUCCCCUGCUCGGCCAGCCACCCCCUUGGUUCCUUGCAGCAGCACCACCCCACCUCCUCCACCUCCCCGGCCUCCAUCUCGGCCAAAGCUACCUCCGGGGAAGCCUGGAGUUGGAGAUGUGCCCCGACCUUUCAGCCCUCCCAUCCAUUCUUCCAGCCCUCCUCCGAUAGCACCCCUAGCCCGGGCUGAAAGCACUUCUUCAAUAUCAUCCACCAAUUCCUUGAGUGCAGCCACCACUCCCACAGUUGUGUCAGAAGAUGAUGUUUUUUAUGACAAACUGCCCUCGUUUGAAAGGCGCUGUGAGACGCCUGCAGGUUCUUCCAGGGGACCCAGCCCCCUAACCAUGGGAGCCCAGGACACCCUCCCUGUUGCAGCAGCAUUUACAGAAACGGUCAAUGCCUACUUCAAAGGAGCAGAUCCAAGCAAAUGUAUCGUGAAGAUUACUGGAGAAAUGGUAUUGUCCUUUCCUGCCGGCAUCACCAGACACUUUGCCAACAACCCAUCACCAGCUGCUCUGACUUUCCGGGUGAUAAAUUUCAGCAGGUUAGAACACGUCCUGCCAAAUCCCCAACUUCUCUGCUGUGAUAAUACCCAAAAUGAAGCCAAUACCAAGGAGUUCUGGGUAAACAUGCCAAAUUUGAUGACUCACCUCAAGAAAGUAUCAGAACAAAAACCCCAGGCUACAUAUUAUAAUGUGGACAUGCUCAAAUAUCAGGUAUCGGCCCAGGGCAUUCAGUCCACGCCUCUGAACUUGGCAGUGAACUGGCGGUGUGAGCCGGCAAGCACCGACCUGCGCAUAGAUUACAAAUACAACACAGACGCAAUGACCACGGCUGUGGCUCUCAACAACGUGCAGUUCCUGGUUCCUGUAGACGGAGGGGUGACCAAGCUCCAGGCGGUGCUCCCACCAGCAGUCUGGAAUGCUGAACAACAAAGAAUAUUGUGGAAGAUUCCCGAUAUUUCUCAGAAGUCAGAAAAUGGAGGGGUGGGUUCUUUAUUGGCAAGAUUUCAGUUAUCUGAAGGCCCAAGCAAACCUUCCCCAUUGGUUGUGCAGUUUACAAGUGAAGGAAGCACCCUUUCUGGCUGUGACAUUGAACUUGUUGGAGCAGGGUAUAGAUUUUCACUCAUCAAGAAAAGAUUUGCUGCAGGAAAAUACUUGGCAGAUAACUAAUAAAUCUUAUGCAAGGAUUUGGAGGAUUCCGAUAAUGGAGAACUGUUGUAUGAGAAACAGGUUUUAAUUUUGGUUUGGUGAAAACAAACCAAAAUCUGCACUUGGGAUAUAUCUGCUAGAAAUGUCAUUGACUUUCAGCACUGAUUUCCCUCACACAAUACCUUGACGACCAGUCCUACAGUAUUUACUUCUAGGUGUAAUAUUGUUAAUGGUUUUAAAAUGUAAUUAUUGUAUUUGUAAAUUGUACUCAUUCCAGUAAGGCAGUUAGAUACUUUGAGUUUUAGCAUUCUACCAUUCCUGAAAUGGAUGUAAUUUAAACUGUGGUAUGUAAAUUUAAUAGUAGUACUGUUGAAUGGCACAAUGCUUACAGAGGUAGAUUGCAUUUUGUCAAUAUAUAAAAUUUAAAUAUAAUAUUGAUCGCUGUCAUAACGGGGGUGCCACGCACAAAGAGAAUUAAGUGGAACCAGGAAAAAAAAAGUCCUUUUCUUCAGUCCUUAGUAUGUUUUACUCUAGUGCUAAAUACAAAUUCUAUCUUCACAUGUUUAGUGGGUUAAAUUCAGAAACUAUUUCAGACAAAAAAAAAAUGCUAAGGUUGCAGCAUAUUCAAAAAAAAGCAUUAAUUACCACUUUUUAAAAAGCUUUUUUUUCAAACCGCAAAUUUCAUAAAAAUGCAAACUGUGUAAACAAGGCCUCUUAUUUUUAUAACUUGUGUAAAAAGGGAAAGCAAUUCAUAUUUAAAGUUUAAGUAUAUGAAAUUAUAAACAAGAGGAAAGAAGACAUUGAAGUCUUAACUACUUCCCCAUCUCUCCACUGUCUAGCCAAGGUGGGAGAUUACUGAAUGAUCAGACUAAAACCAAAACUGUGAUUUUAAAAUUUCAAGAAUUUCCGUAGUUGAGCCGGUUAACAACUUCUGCACAACAACUCUAAACAGAGGCUGUCCCAUCCAGCCUGGAGAAUGGUACUAAGUAUCUUUCUCGUUACCCAAAGGAAUCAAAACAUUGAGUCUAAAAAUCCCAGAAAAAAUGAUUUUUAGUCCCCUAUUUAAAUCCAGAUGGAGAAUUUUAAUUGUCAUUAUUUAUAUCAUUUGAGAAGGAAAAAAAAAAUAAGCUUUAUAAAUGAAAUUCUAACCAUAUUAUUGUGCAAUAAAUUUCCUUUUGGAUGAGAUUCAUUGUAUGUAACUAUAAAUCUUUGCCAUUCUUGGGGAGUCAAAAAGAGAGUUAUUAAAACUGUAUGUUAUGAUUUCAUUGUUGCAAGGUAUAAUAAAAAUGGUAAUUACUCAGUCUGGCCUCAUAAUAUGAAAAUUCAGAAUGAUGAAGCAUUUCUUCAGGGGUCCCAGUUGUAAAAUCUUCUUCCAUUCCAAUCUGAACAUGUGAUUCAUCUUUUAAUCAUCGAACCUAAACAGAAAAACUAAUUCCUAGUCUAGAUUAUACUAUUAAAUAACUGUAGUUAUUUAUUGUUAUAUUUAUCACUAGUUGCUAAAUUUUAUUUUACAUUCACUCAUAUUCGACAAAGAAAAUUUAGCCCCUUUAAAUUUUAGAAUCAAAUUAAAUUUUCUAAGUCUUACUUUUAAAAUGAGAUCGUGACUUGCAAUUGUUCAUAGUGGAACUUUUAAAAUUAAUAUUUGUACUUCUCAGUCAGUGCUUGCUACCAAGAGAAUGUUCAAAUGCCCGGUUUUACCUUAGAAGAAUUCUUACUCUUCAAGUGAAUUCUCGAUUGGCUCCCCAAACAGUCUGGUAUUGAAGUUUUUUGAACAAAUAACUAAUAGACUCAUUUUAAGUAAAGAACAAUUUGAUUUUGAAACCAAAGUAGAAAAUGCAAACUUUUAAAUCCCAUGAAGCACGGGAAUAGUUCAAACACUGAAUCCAAUGAAGGGAUGGAGAGUAAGAAGCAGAAAAUUGAGAAUUAUCCAGCAUAUGAAUAUAAAAACAUGUUUUUAAGAAAUUGGUUCAUAAAAAACCAUAUUAAAUAUUAACACAAAUCACAUAUUAAAAGUGUGUAAAUAUU